UCCCAAGAAGCUGAUUGAUUCUUUAGAAUGAAUGGAUUAUGGCCCAGUAAAUGAUAUCAUGCCAAAGUUGAUAGGAGACAGGCCUAACACAUGCAUAUACACAAAAGCAUUGGCAGAAUAUGUUGUACAACAAGAAGGAGCAAAGCUAAAUGUGGGGAUUGUAAGGCCAUCUGUUGUUGGUGCCAGUUGGAAAGAACUUUCCAGGAUGGAUUGAUAACUUUAAUGGACCAAGUGGUCUCUUUAUUGUGGCAGGGAAAGGGAUUCUUCGAACAAUGCAUGUCUCCAAUAAUGCCCUUGCAGAUCUUGUUCCUGUCGAUGUAGUUGUCAACAAGAGUCUUGUGGCAGCCUGGCAUUCCGGAGUUAAUAGACCAAGAAACCUCAUGUCAUAUAAUUGUACAACAGAUAACACUAAUCCUUUCCACUGGGGUGAAGUUGAACACCAUGUAAUUUCCACUUUCAAGAGGAAUCCUCUCGAACAGGCCUUCAGAUGGUCCAAUGUAAAUCUAACCUCCAAUCACCUUUUGUAUCAUUACUGGAUUGCUGUAAGCCGUAAGGCCUCGGGAUUCCUGGAUGAUAUCUACCUCAGAAUGACUGGAAGAAGCCCAUGGAUGAUGAAAGCAAUAACUCAUCUUCACAAAGCUGUGAUGUUACUUGAGUAUUUCACAAGUAAUUCUUGGGUUUGGAAUACUGACAAUGUCAAUAUGUUAAUAAAUCAACUAAACCUUGAAGAUAAAAAGACUUUCAAUAUUGAUGCACGGCAGUUACAUUGGGCAGAAUAUAUAGAGAACUAAUGCAUGGGAACUAAGAAGUACAUAUUGAAUUAAGAAGUGUCUGGCCUCCCUGCAGCCAGAAAACAUCUGAACAAGUUGCAGAAUAUACCUUAUGAUUUUAAUACUAUCCUUGUGAUCCUCAUCUGGCACAUUUUUAUUGCAAGACCACAAAUGGCAAGAAACAUCUGAUACUUUGUGGUUAGUCUGUGUUACAAGUUUCUGUCAUAGUUUCAAGCAUCCAGCACUAUGUGAUA